AUGAUAGGGCAGGCCGCCGAGGACGCCGUUGAUGGCGUCGGCGCCGAGGAACUGGAGUGCAAGAUCUGCUACUGCCCGUUCAACCUGGGCGCCCGGCGGCCCAAGGUGCUGGACUGCCGCCACCGCGUCUGCGCCAAGUGCCUGGCCAAGCUGCUGGACCUGGGGGAGACGCCGGCCCGCGUCCUGCUCUGCCCCUUCUGCCGCCGGGCCACCGGCCUGCCCGAGGAGGCGGCGGCGCCGGCGGGCCUGCCGGACGACUCCGGCCUGGUGGCGGCCCUGGUGCUCCGGCUGCAGAACCGCAGGAACCUCCUGGAGGGCUCCACCGAGCUCCUGCUCAGCCCCCGGCGCCUCAGCGCCCUGGUGGGGCCCCCCUCGUCCUCGUCCUCCUCCCCGUCACGCGGGUCCCCGAACUGCCUGGUCAUUACCAUGAUGGAGCCCACCCAGGAGGCGCGGGCCACCCCGCGGGGCCCCCUCUCAGGCCUGGCCCGCCGCUCCCCCAGCCUGGACUCCAUGGCGUCCAUCACCCGGCGCUGGACGGUGUGGAACUGUGCCGCCCUCCUGUGCCAGGCCUCGGCCCGCGCCCUGGUCUGGCUGCUCGGCCUCCUCUACUUCAGCUCCCUGCCCCUGGGGGUCUACCUGCUCAUCGUGCGGAAGACCACGCUGGGGGUGCUCCUGGUCAGCCUUGUGCCGUCCAGCCUGGUGGUCAUCAUGGUCUACGGCCUCAGCCAGUGCCUCUGCCAGGAGAUCUGGGACUGCGUGACAGCCUAG